UUACCAGGUCGGUGAAAUUCGCUAAAAGAUGGCGACGCGCACUUAAUUUUUGUUUUUUCCCACUUAAUAAAGUACAAUUAAACCAAAAUAAAAACAGCGCACAAGCAACAAUCAGAGUCGAUAUAAGUACAAAGAAAAAGUGCCUGCCAGAUCACGUUGCUCACCCCGAAAACCAAUAGCGAGUGGAGUGAAACUAAUACAAACAUUGACAUGUCUCUGGCUAAACGAGAGCAACAAGUGUGUGAAAAUCGAAUUGUGGCCGUUUAAAAUGUUUGAAAGAGCAGUUAGUGCGCCUAAGGGCAGUUAAAGCGAUAAAGUUCGCCCAAGAAUAUAACCUAGAUCAAAGGAACAGCAGAAACUUCCCACGAGACGCCAGGCAGUAGCGUCUGCACACGUAACCUUGUGUGCGCGUAGCACGGAAGCUGCUUGUCGGAAUCGAGUUUGUAGGUUGGUCACGGUCGCGCGGCCACUUCCAGGACGUCGGGUACGUCACCAGGAGGAGGAUGGAGACCACAUCGGCAGCUGGAUCUGGAGCCGGAACGGCCGACGUUUGUCCCUGCUCCACAGCUACAAAUGCUUCCGCCGCCUCAAACGAACAGCCACAGACCAAGCGCCAGAAAAUCGAGCAGCAGAUCAAGGUGGGCUCCAAAGUUCUGCCGCCUCCCCCGCCGGACAUACUCGACUUGGACGCGAACAGCAACAGCCACCUGUGCUCCUCACUUUCCUCGGCCUCCUCGCAUUCGCUGUCCACGCCAAGCAGCACCAACAACUCACCCACCACCACGCCCUGCAGCUCUCGGGCGGCGUCCUACGCCCAGCUGCUGCACAAUAUCUUGCCACAAAACGGAGACGCCGAGCCGCACAGCCAGCCGGAGUCCGCCCAGGACGAGGUGGACCGGGCGGCCAAGUUGCCCGACCUGUUGACCCUCAAUACGACCAACAGCAAUAGUGGCCAUCUGGUCAGCAAGAGCAGCUGCCUUCCGACGACAGCGGCGACACCAACCACAACCAUCGAUGACAUGUUGGAGUUCGAGCAGUCCUUAACCCGCCAGUGCCUUUGCGGAGUCUCGGAGAGAACGCUGCGCAAGCCCUUCCAGUCGCAUUACUCGCAGGACACCAACGGCCAGAAGCGAAUAGCUUAUCUGCGCGAGUGGCCCACCAACAAGCUGCUGCAGUUCUUGUCCAACCUACAGCUCCUCUUCGACAUCUACCUGAAGCAGAACGCCAAGGGCUUCAUCUGCACGCGGAUAAUGGACGUCUGCGACGCGUUGAUCCGCAACGACCACAAGCUCAUCGACGAGAUCAUCGUGCUGGCCGGCUACGACAACUCGUACGUGCAGUUCCUAGCGGGACGUGUGCUAGCCGCAUUCCUGGUAAUUGCCAAGCAGGAGCUGAACGACGAGUGGCUGCAGAAGAUCGUCGACCAGUUGUUUAACUUCGAGCUGCUCGACCAGGCGGCCGUGCAGAAGAUCCACUUUAGCCUGGAUAUUAUAAAGCGUAUCGUCGAGUGGAAGGACAUGGAGAUCCAUCCGCUGGACGACGAUUGGAUGGGAGCGGCGAACAGCGCCAGCGCCGCCUCUGCCGUGGUGCCUCUGUCGACAGAGGCGUCUGUAAGCUACAUGCACUUCCCCGUGCAGCAGCAAUCGCUCGCCACCAACUACUUUGCGCUGCAGUUUCGCGAGGACACUGAGGGCGAACGAGAGGCGGAGCGGGAGACGCCCGACCACCGGGACGGCCAUCGGCAGCGUCAAUUCGGCGAGGAGAUGAACGUCGCCUACGAGGCGCAUACCGCUCCACAGUCCACAACCUUGCCCAACGGCUGCCAUGUGGUGACGCUCACCGACUCGGAGAGCUUCGACACGACGCACCUAAAGUGCAUAACCAUCCAAAAGCUGGAGCACAAGUGGCCGACGUUGGUGAAGAACAUGUCGGAGUUGAUGACGCCGGCGCACCAGGAAACAGCAGAGCACUGCGUGCUCAACUUCCUUCAGUUGUGGGAGAACAUCAUCUCGGUGAAGGCCAACCUGUCCAUCGACGAGACGCGGCCCUACUACGCACAGCUGGACAAGUUCGAACUGCUGCUCAGCCACAGCCUCUCCUGCACCGUGUACAAGCAGAUGCUGUGCCUCUUCAACGAGGCGCUGUGCUAUGGCUCCACGCUGGCGCUGCAGGACAUGCUGCCCGAGGAGACCUGCAAGCUGGCGCACCAGAUCGUCUGCCACGUGCGCGGCUUCCGUAUCCUGGAGUCGCUGCCGCGGCGGCAGCCGGACAACAUGGUAAGCCUGAUCGGCUACAAUGGCAGGCCGCUGGUGUAUGCGAACGGCACCAUUACUUUGGCACGUGCUGCGCAAUCAGGAGAAGGUGGACAGGACGAAGAGGGCGAGUCGCCACUGGACCUCAUCGAAAUGGACAAGACGCUGCUGCAAAAGAUGGUGCUGCUGGUGCUGAAGUCGAUAGCGGUGACCGUUAAGGAGAUCCGCAGCGAUUCCUCCGACUCGUCCAUCGAUUCCAACGAUUACGACGCCUUUCAGGACAUGAUGCUUAUCGAGCGCUCCAUCCGCGAUGUGCUGAGCAAGCUGGAGACGUUCAUCAAGCAGACACUGGAGUUCCAUCCGGAGUGCCACUUCAGUAAGAUCCUGAUCCACCUGUUCGACGACCAGGACGAUCACCUGAUUGAGGCAAUGGUCUGCACGCUGGACGUCACGUCGGGCAUCUCGUUCCGCAACAACGCCUUCCCCGAGCUGGUGGCCAUGCUGAACCCGGUGUACACCUUCCUGGAGUUCCUCAAGAUGACAUCGAACAGCUCGGACCUGCUGCUGGACCUGCUGGUGAGCAACGAGACCUGCUUCUUGCUCUACCUGCUGCGACUGCUCAAAUACAUUCGCAUGAACUGGACAAUGUUCGUGCACAGCUGUAACACCUUCGGCAUGGGCAGCGCCAUGCUGGACGAGGCGAUGGGCGUGCUCAUCCGGCUGCGGCUGCAGAUAUCCCGCCUCGUGUCGCGCCAGCUCUACCCCUACGACAUCUCGCCGGUGCUGCGCCUGCUGGAGAGCUGCGAGAGCCUCUACGAGGGCAACGAACUAAGCUGAAUGCGGCGCAGGCCCCAACUUCCAACCACAUGCAAUUAAAAUACGUAAUUUAUUUUAACAUUUAAUGGAAUAGGAGAAACUAGCGCAAAAUUCGAUGAAGAGGGAGCCCUUGUAGCAUACGUGUAUUAGCCGUAGGUACCACUCCGACCACACAUAUCUCCGCAACCAAUCCAAUAGCGCGUUAACCGUAGUUAAGUCUUGCACCCUUUCAUCCGCUUCGCUGGCCCUUCAACCUAGAUACAUAACUGUAUGUAAUCGUCAUUGUAAUUUGUAAUGAGCAUCACAAGUUCGUAGUUAGUUCAUAGUUAAUGGUAACAUCAUAGGUACUGAAUUCCAAACUAAACACUACGCUAGCCUAAGAUUUUUUUAAUCUUGCCUUAAGUAGAAUAAUGUACAAUAGGAUGGCAAAAUGGCAAAACGUUGUCCCACUUUUCGCGGAAAGUGGGCGUAAAUUCGGUGUCUUCGAGAAGAAUAUUCUUUGUACGUUUUUUUAAAAACACUUGAAUAAUAUAACUUAAUUAACUGAUUAAAAGAAACGCAUUAAGAGGAA